AAAAUUGUAGUAAAUAAUUCUAUCGAUGGAAAUAAUAUAGAUGGUGUUAACGUUGCUCAACUUGCUAGAUCAACACUGUUAACUUCGGGGAAACAGACAUUAGGAUUCUUGCGUAUUUCUUCAGAUGUUAAGACUAGCGAUAUAUUUUUGUCUGGUAAAAUAAACAACUUAUUACUAAAUUUGUUGAUUAAAGACUUGGCCAGAGUAGAUAGACCUGCCGCAGUUAUGGGAAAUAAGAUCUUUAAAGACGACUUUAUAAUUGAUAACGAGUUGGUAGCGCGAGAAAUAGACAACAUUGCCUUACCCCAGGAUCUGUUGUUGUCUUCUGUGGAACAAACAAUUUCGGCCAAUAAAGAAUUUAUACAAACUGUUAUGACCAGUGUUGAGGUAACUGGUUACGUUGACCACGUGACUCUUCCAUAUGACGUGGCUUCCUUGACGGGAUCCGAGUACUUGCAAAAUGCUAUCACGUUUUCUAAAGGUUUAUUUGUUGACCGUGACGUACGCGUGUACCAUGAAACUGAUGGUAUUGAUAUCUCUUCGUUAAAACAACGAGUCAAUGAAAUGAUUAGACAAAAUCUUGGAGAACUUGGUGCCAUUAUAAUCAACAACAACUUGGAAGUCAGUGGGAGAGUCAACGAAGUAGAUAUUGGAUAUCUUCAUCAAAAUGGCAUCUCUUACGAGGGUGAGGUCGUAUUUAUUUUAGCACCAAAGGUUUUUACACAACUGAAUAUCGUAAAAGUAAAGGUUGUUCAGGAAGAAAUAGGAGGAAUUCAGCUGUCACGUUAUAUGACCGUAUAUUCAACGCAGACUGUUAGAGGUAACAAGGUGUUUGCUGUUCCGGUUAAUUUCGGCAAUUUGGAAUGCCCAACCAUCGAUGGAGUCGGACUAGAUAUUUUGUCUCUUUUUAAAAUAAAACUCGUCAAUGUUGUACACGUGGUUGAUUCGCUCAUUAUUCAUGGUUACAUCGACGGAUUGGACACUGACACAUUUGUCAUCAGGAACGUUGUUCAAGAAAUCGGCGCACGAAAGACAAUUAACAGUUUUUACACGGACAGUUUAACGGUCAGCGGUAACGUUUUCACCUCGUCAGGGGAUUUUCAUGAUCAAUUCAAACGGCUGAAUAGUAGUGGGAUAAGAUUAUCCAAAGAGGAAACUUGGCAUCAUGAUUUUAUGUUUGGAAAUAAUUCUUUCGGCAGUUUUUAUGUAGGUGGACCUGUGAAUAACGUAGACUUGAAACACUUGGUUUAUAAUACGAUGUCUCUCUACUUGCCUCAAAACAUCAGUGUGCCCAUUUACUUCGAGAAUAGUCCAGUUGUUGCUGCUUUUGGACAUAUCAACACCUCUUUCGGAAUAUCUGGGGUCCAGUUACGCUUAGUGAACGAACUGGCCAUCAAGCUGACCUCGGCCUCUACGAUUGACCAUAUUUCAUUCUUCCGUGACACUCUUGUAUGUCAGAGUGUAAACUGUCAGCAGCUAAUCGAAAGUGUAAACCUGCAGGAACUUGUCGAAGACGUAGUAUUUAUGAAUGAAGUGUCCACAGUGCAAGCACUAACUGUUUUUCGUCGUGAGACAGUAAUUGAAGGGAAGAUUGAAGCUGCUAGAAUAUCUUACCGUAACAAUAACUUGAAAGAAAUGUUUGUUCAAGAUAAAGGGUGGAACAUCUUGCUGGAGUCGUUACCUCAAAACAUCACAGGCUUUUACACUUUUGAAGAUGACUUUACAUCUAAGAAUCUUCACGGAGAAGUGUUUGUAGGAGAAGUAAAGCUUUCGGACACUUCACACGGUGUGCUGAAGACCGACGAACCCGCCAUAGUGAACGGUAACUUGUUGUUCUCGACAGAAGUUAACAUUAAAACCUUGUCUGUACAAGGUGUAUUGAACGACGUCUCAUUCGAAAAGUUGUUGUCCUUUUUGAUAUCUGAAGAUUGCGCGGAAAUCCGAGACGUUUCGGAAGACUCGAUAAUUCGGGAAGUAAAUGUGCAGGGUAACUUAACACUGGUGUUCCUAAAUGGAGAAAAUUUCCCACAUUUUAUCAACGACGUUGUUUCCAUUUCUGCCUCUCAUCAGAGUCUGUCCUCAAAGAUAUUUCUCGGCGACGUCGUAUUAAAUGGAGGUAUGGAGAUAGGCAUACUUGAAGUUGGUGAGACAGUGAACGACGUACAUAUUCAACAGUUUGCUACUGAUGCCGUUUACUUGGGAAAAAAUGCAUUGAUCAAUAAUAAGAAAAACUUCAAAAACCACACUGUGGUAGCGGAAAUUGUGCUUUAUGGCCAUUUGAAUUCCAUCAAUCUAACGGACACAGUACUUUCUAGCGGAAGGGCUGACAGAGAUCUAAAGUUCGAAUCUGUGGUGGUAAUGUCGGAGGUAGAGGUUUCUCAAACGGUUAACGGUGUAUCGUUAAUACGUGAAUGGACUAACACUUGGCUGAAGGAUACAGAUUCGACACCUCUCACCCUUGUAACUACGGGUACGAUUAUAUUUCUUGUAAAUGUUUCUACUGCAAAAAUAAAUGAAGUUUCUUUGUCAUCGGAUACUUCUGAAAUAUCUCCCACUUUUCACUUCAAAGACUGUUUCAGGGUUAAUGGAAACUUAAGAGGAUUAAUAAAUAACGUAAACUUGACGUUGCUGACCUCUGAAGCAGUUCUGCUGGACACCGACCAAAAUAUCGAAGAAGAGUUUAUAUUCGUUGGUCCAGUUCAGUUUGGACAUCAGGAUACCUCGCUGGAGGAACUCUACAGGAGGACUAAAGAAAUAGCAGUUAAAACCUACAACAACGAGAGGGUCAUUGAAUACUUGCAACAUCUAGCAGAAUGUCUCACGACUUUAGACUAUUGGGUGAUGAACAUGCAACUUGAAUAUCGCGGAACUCGACUGCAGUCUUUCAACAUGGGAACAUUUCUGGUAAUAAUAGCUUGGAUCUAUGAUGAAGAACAUCACUUGAGAACGAUCGUGUAUUCUUACCGACCGGACAGGGCAUUGGUUGAAUUCCAGCUAGUCCACGACGAGUCUCUUCUGUGGUAUGUAUCAAAACAGCCGGACAGUGAAUACCUGAUAUCCGUGAGCAAUACUUCUCCAGAAACCAUCGCUGUCUUCAGACUACAAAGGGAUACCAUGACACUUGAGUUCCUGUCAGUUCUCAGUCAGUACAUCACGGAAGUGAUAGUUAUUGAGGAAGUGGGACAUCCUUAUUUGGUGGUCCUGCGGAAGGAUGGGACUGUUGGUAUUUAUGAUCCUCUUUUUGAGGAAGCGAAGCACCGUGAAGAAGUGGGACUUUCAGGAGUGAAAAGUCUGCUAUCCUACAACGAUGACAACAUCACAUAUUUGGUGAUCAGUGGAGAAAAUGGACUACAUCUGUUAGUUCUGAACAGUGGAUUACUCGUCACCAAACAGUGGAUAGCCUGUACUGCCAUAGACUUCUGUUCUUAUUUCAAACGCUCGUUUUAUCAUUAUCUGGUUUGUGGACAAAAUAAUCCAGACCUAAGCAGUGGAGGGAUAUUGGUUUUCAGAACCAAUCUGUACGGAGAAUUUAAACUCUGGCAAGUGCUUCCGAUGCAUCUCGUUAAACAUAUGGAAGUGUUUACGUGGGGUUGCUUGCCUGACGUAUUCCUGAUUGUUCUUGAUGGACCAACUAACGUGGAGAGUCACGAACAAUGCAAUCUAAUCAUUUAUCGCUUGGUCGACAACUUUCAAAUGUGGCUAACAAUACCAAUAUAUGGCGGUAGCUAUGUCCAUACGUUCGAGAUAAAUGGUCGGCAACACUUGGCCGUAUGUCGAGACAAGUACUCUCCUAUCAUCAUACUUAGAGGAAUUAAUUCAGGUAGUGAAGAUCGCGAAGUUUCAUACAGUGCGCAACCGAUACCGUGAUUGUCGCAUCUACAAUCAAUCGUAAAUCCCAUUCUGCGAGUUGUUACAGGUUCCAGUCAGAUGACCAAUCAUAAUCAGUUCUUUAUUUACAUACAUAAGUUUUUAUAUACACGGGUUUUUAUUGGUUGUUACGUUUUUGAACCGUAACGUACGAAUGAGAACAUUGGCUGCGUUACUUGUUUGCGUUAACACCUUGACUCGUUUCGGAUAUUAGUUUCGUUAAACUAACUUUAAUUGUUUCGAAUUGACCUACUUUUUGUUUCUUUGUUUGUUUUUUCAACGUUAAAAUUAAUUUCAAAGUUAUAAUAACUAAAUUUAACAAUAUGUAGCCAAACUCUAGACUCUCACAUUUUAUAAUUUUCUGUCUCAAAAAUCACUUGCGAAUUAGUUGUUUUAACCAGCUGCCUUAUUGUCUUAUAUGUACACGUAUAUUAUUCGUUUCUUAGACUUUUUACUUGGACGAAGCAAGCUUCCAAAUUGUGGCUGUAUUAUCUUUAACUUGUUCGUGUUUAAGUUUCAGUUUAACUCUUCGGUGUUUCGAGUUGGAACACUAACACUUAACAUUUGUCAUUUUGUUAACUUUGCUGGUUUAACUAAUAGGUUGAAGUACUAAAAAUUCUGACAAAACAAGAUAAACGUCCAGAGUUGCAUCUUUGCUGAAACUUUUAGUUAUUUAUUAAAAUUGUACUUUCUGUUUUCGAUAAUAUAAGUAAGUAUCGUUCUUUUAAAUGAGUGUAUUAUUUGUAGUUGAUUUGUUUGUUUUUUAAGUUAAAAAAAAAAUCAUCAAAAAUUGCUUUUAAUUUUGAUAAAUUAGUUUUACGAUUGAGUUUCAUUAUUUCGCUUAAAUAUGGCUUAUGUAACAAUUCCCGAUUAAGUAAUUUUGUAAACGGUUGUAGGUGUCGCUUUAAACGAAAGAUCGUAUAAAUGGUGAAGUUUAUAAAAACGUAAAUUUCUUCCCACUUUCCUUGAUUCUUGGUGUU